AUGUCUUGGAGUACGCUGGCACCAAACGGGGUGUUCUAUCAAAACCCAGAUGCGAACUUGUGGAGGGACCCUGACGCACCGUGUAGCUGGGUUGUGCAUUGGCCAGCGACAUGUCAGGACGGAGGCUCCUCCGACCAGGUCAUGCACCUGAGACCAGCAAACGUUACGGCAGCAAUGCCACACCAGCCAAUUGGAACAGAUGAUAUCGACAUUCAGGCGGUCGAGCACGGGGCCAGCGGGGCAGCCUGCGCACCCGACAAUAUCGUAUGGAACGACGAAGAGAUCGUCGAGACAUCGACAGCUGUCGAUGAGGCCGAGUCCAUGGUUGGAGGUACCCUGUGGGGGGCGACGGACCCCUUGGCGUGGCAGGACGACGAGAUUUUCGAAACUUCUACGACCAUCGAAGAGGCCGAACACAUCAUUGGCGGCACGAUCCGCAGGGCUUAUGGGUCCAGGAUGCCCAGUGCCCACCAACGUACAGACUCUGGGAGUACCCAGAGCUCGGCAACCCUCGCGAGCAUCCCGGAUGCUAGCGUGCGAGUGAGGACUUGGGCAGAGGUGGUCAGAGCCACGCCCCGAAACCAGACUGGAGGCAGGAAGUAGGCGAGCUUCUCCGCGUAGCCGGUAAGUCGAAGUCUUUGUAUAUGCGAUGAAUGGCGCGCAUUGACGGGCUGCUCCUUUUCAGGGCGUGCGGUCGACCUAGGCAUCCAGUGAAGUACGAGUUAGGGUUGUCGCGGAGGCAAGGGUGUGGCACAGUGCAAGGCGGAUCGGAAACGGUGGAAAAAAAGGAUGCUCGGCGAACGGCUCGAGCGAUGUAUCGUCUUGUAUUCGCAUUUCUGCUUCUAUACCAUUUCUUUCUUCUUGCAAGCGAGUGCGACGCCACGACCAAUGAAAUCGACGCCAGCGCCCGGGUCCGAC